AUGGCCAAUAGUGCCGGAGCCGCGGCGGAGGGGUUGUUGAGAUGUGUGUACGAGGGUUGCAUUGCAGGCUGUGACACAGGGAUUGAGCGCCGGCCUUACCAUCGGAAUUGUGGCUGUGCCCUCCACGAUAAGUCCCGUAAAGGUAGCCCCAAUGCUGCAUUCUCCAAGUGCUGCAAAAAGAACGUAUCCUAUCCCAUCAGGAGGUCCUGGAGUGAAGGCUCCUUGCUCUUGCACGCAGCUUCUAAUUCUUCUAACCAUUCCUCUCCUUCUUCUUCACCCGCUCAUGUGGUGGGGGCUGCAGCAGGGAAGCCAGCUAAUAGUCAUCAUCAGUCCAGUUUGUGUGAUCGUAAUGAAGAUCAGGACGAGUAUGUUUUAUUCAAGAUUUGA